AUGCCCAGUUCUGUAAUAAGGAAGCCAAGAUUGAAAAAGAAUACGACUUUAGCUCAGAGUGCUGCAAGAAAAGCCAUGUUAAGAGUCUCAGGUUUAGACCAAGAUUUUACAUCAAAUUUGUCUAAUACUUCUAAUACUACUCCAACUGUCACACAUCUUGAAAGGGUGGUACAAUCCGUCAGUGAUGCUACAAAGAGAUUAUCUCAAGCUGAGUCUACUUUCAGUACAGUGACAAAAUCUUCAAAAAGGAAGUCAAGAGAUACAGUAGGUCCUUGGAAAUUAGGUAAAACUUUAGGAAAAGGUUCAUCUGGUAGAGUUAGAUUGGCUAAAAAUAUGGAAACUGGUCAGCUAGCAGCAAUCAAAAUAGUACCAAAGACAAAAAUAUUUAGAAAACAAAAUGAUAAUAGCUUUCAAAUGAGUUCAUACUCCUCAAAUGAUGAAAGUCCAAAACAUACAAACAAUAAUGACACCUACAGUAAAAUCAAUCCAUAUGGUAUUGAACGUGAAAUUGUUAUUAUGAAGUUGAUUUCACAUCCGAAUGUAAUGGGGCUAUAUGAAGUUUGGGAAAAUAAAUCAGAAUUAUUUUUAGUUCUGGAAUACGUAGACGGCGGAGAGUUAUUCGAUUAUUUAGUCUCGAGAGGUAAACUCAGUGAAAGAGAAGCCGUACAUUAUUUCAAACAAAUCAUAGAAGGUGUCUCAUAUUGUCAUUCUUUUAAUAUAUGUCAUCGUGAUUUAAAACCAGAAAAUCUAUUACUUGAUAAAAAAAUAAAUACAAUUAAAAUUGCAGAUUUUGGUAUGGCUGCAUUAGAAUUACCAAAUAAACUGUUAGUAACUUCAUGUGGUUCCCCUCAUUAUGCGUCUCCAGAAAUUGUUAUGGGUAAAUCAUACCACGGGAGCCCAAGUGAUGUAUGGUCAUGUGGUAUCAUACUAUUUGCAUUACUUACUGGUCAUUUACCUUUCAAUGAUGACAGUAUCAAAAAAUUACUCCUGAAAGUUCAAUCAGGAAAAUUUCAAAUGCCACAAAAUAUUUCAUUAGAAGCUGAAGAUUUAAUAUCCAGAAUUUUAGUAGUCGAUCCAGAAAAGAGAAUUCAAAUUAACGACAUUUUAAUUCAUCCUUUGAUUCGUAAAUAUGAAGAUAAUAAGACAGAUUCCAACAAUGUAUCAAGUUAUAAAAAAUCGAGUAAGUCUAAUUCAAAUUUACAUAUCCUUAAUGACAUGGGGCCUUCUAUUGUUACUCUAAAAGCUAGAAAUGAAAUUGAUGAAUCAAUCCUCAAGAAUUUACAAAUUUUAUGGCAUGGUACUUCUCGUGAGUUAAUUAUUAGUAAACUAUUGCAGACACCAAUGUCUGAAGAAAAACUCUUCUAUUCUUUGUUAUUACAAUAUAAGAAGAAAAAUUCGAUACCUUUGAUACAACAUACAAAUCACGAAGCUUCGGCAUCAAAUUCUCCUGUUUCGCAGUCUAAUUCUGAAAAUGGUGAUACCAAAAGUAUACGUAAACCUACUACAAAUGAUGAAUGGCAUGCUCCAAAGCUCGAUCAAAAAUCUCAAUUUAGUAUACCUGCAUUAGUAAGGCAAGAAUCAGCAACUGAUGUUCCUUCGCUACCUCCAGCAGUAUCUAUCUUCCCAGCAUCUUCUUCAAGAUCAUUUAGAAAAUCCGGAUCAAUUUUGUCAAUGUCUUCAAAAAAAUCCAUUAAAGUGUCGCAUUCUAGGACCUCUUUGAAUAAGAAUCUGCCUUUUGCGAAACCAGUACCUCCUUCGGUUUCUAAAAGUUCUUUGCAUAAAUCUAUGUCUAGAAAAAAAUUGAAUGGGUUAGGUAUUGCUCUAAGAACCUUGAAAAACUCAGAAUCCAAAAGAUCAUUAUAUUCCUUACAAUCCAUUUCUAAACGUUCCCUUAACCUUAAUGAGUAUCUGGUGCCAGAUACACAAACAGAAAGUGUCCCAAAAGUUGGCAAUGAUUUUAUAACUUCUUCAAUUCCACCAUUACCAAAACUGGAUUCUAAUAAUGAAUUUGAAAUUUUAUGUGAACAGAUUUUAUUCGGCAAUGCCCUAGAUGAAAUUCUAGAAGAGGAAGAGAAAGAUGAAGAAAUGGAAACAAAUGACACACUAAGGAAGAUUAUCAAUAAUGAAAAUUCUUCCUCAGUGGGAAAGUUUUCUAAAGAAUCCCUCAAAGGGAUCAAUAAUGUUACGACUACUCCUAAUUCCACAUUCAAUGAUUCUUUCAAUUCAACAAACUUAAAUUCAUUUGAUGAAAAUUUGUUGGAAACUAAUUCAAAUUCCGUACGAAGAACCGUCCAGCCGUUAUCUCUUCUGGAUCCAUCCCGUUGUAACGCUUUGAAAGAUAUAACUAAUUUUAAUACCCAAUCAGUGAGAGUGGAGGGGAAGACGGUCAAAAAGAGUGAUCAUAAUGGUUCAUAUGAAAACAAAAGGAUUGACAGUUCGAGGUUGAAGAAACCAAGUGUGGAAGAAAUGCGCUUGCCGAAAAAAGGUUACACUAAUUUUCAGAAUAUCCGUAUAUCAUCGGCGCCAAAUUCUAACAUGGUUCACCAGUCUUUAGAUCCACGUCGUAACUUUACACAGCCAGAAAAGGCCAAGGUUUCUUCUCUAUUGAAGCACCUAGUACAGAAAUCUAACUCUAACUAUAACUUGGUUGAAAAGAAUCGACCAGGAGAAUGUUUAUUGAAAGAUUCAGAAUCAUCUAUUAAUAGCAGAUUAAAUUCCUCCCGCUCAGAUUACAAUAAAUUCUUUGAUAAGAUGACGCUUCGAACGACUACGACAAAUGCAUCAAUUGAAACUGGGAGAGAUCCUAGUAUAUUAGCCCACUCAAGUACCUUGCAGAAGCCCUUAGUAUCACUUCCCUCAGCCAUGCUGAAUCAGUCAACAACAUUUAGAGAUUUGAGCAAGUUUUUGGAAGACGAUAGUCAAGAAGACUCAAUGAUGUAUCCGACAAAAUCCAGCCAACAGUUCAAUUUCUCUUCGGCAAGGCUUGCGUCAGUAAAGAAAAUACCUCCAUCGAUCAUGCGUCUCGAUCUCCCCACAAAUCAGGAUUUAAAUGAAGAAUACGGUUCUUCUUUCAUAAGUCGUGAUUUAGACGAUAUCUCAGACAUCACCUUUGCAAUGGAAAUGCCAACGAACACAUUCACAGCCCACGCCAUUCAUCUAUCAAACAACAAUUCGGUUGAAGAAGUGGCCUCUGACAAAGAUGAUCUCCGUAAUGGUGAGCACGCAGAUGAUAUUAAACAAAUAUCUGAAAGCGAAACAUUCACUCCAAGAAGAUCAAAUGAAAAUGAUAGAAUAAAUAUCUUUGAAGAUGCCUCUCUCAACUCUUCUUCGACAACCGCAUCAUCGUCAUCCUCCAGAAGGUCAGAAACAAAUGUUCACAAAAAGGUAGUCUCUAUAGACACACUAAAUACAACUAACCUUGUUACUCCAACUACCGAUGUGAGAGUGAGUUUAUACGUAAAUCACAACAAUGCAACUUCAAAUAAGCCUCUUCCUCGUGAAACAACGGAAGAAUUGAUCUCAAGAUUUAAAUUUUUCCCAGAUCGUCCUACUUCGCAUGAUCUUCACAAGAGACUCUCGAUUUUUAAAAGUAACAAUGGAAUUCAUAUGUCCCAGAGUGUUCUUUCGAUGUUUAAAGAUUUGGAAGAAGAUCAAGAUACUGUGGGGAUCUCACAAGCCGAUUUACUGGAAUCUUCAUUUGAUACGAGCUUAAAGAAAGAUAAAAAAACGAAAGACAAUCGAGUAACGCUAUUAUUUGAUGAUGAUGAGAUCAACAAACCUUUAACUGAAACAGAUCCAAAAGAAAAGGUGGAUCAGCAAGAAUAUGCAUCUGCCACUGAUUUUGUUAAUGAGACGAAUAAGAAGAGCGUGGAAGGAAAUAUCCAUUCGAAGAAUGCCAAGAAGAAGGAUUUUGGAAAUAAGACAUCACCAGAAACAAAACUUAUGGUGCGAGCUACAGAUAGGACACAGAAAAAGCAAACAUGGCUCAGUAAGUUAUUUGGUGGAUUUGGAACGCAUUCUCACGUUAAAUUAGUUCAAGAUCAUACUUCGAAAGUCCCCUUCGACGAUGUACACUUGUUGAUGCUGAAUGAAUUUGGGAAAAAUGGUAUUGACUAUCAUUUGAGAAAUCUAGAUAGAAAAAAUGGUACAGAAAGAGUAGAAUAUGACUGUAAAUUUGUUCAAGGAAAUUUCAGAUUCAAGAUCAAAAUUACAUUUAACGGUAAUUCCACAAUUGUAACAGUAAAGAAGAGAAGCAAGAGCAACAAAAAUAAUGAAUUUGUAAGAUUCAAUGACAAUAUUUCGCAGGUUUUAGACGCUCUCGAAAAGCAUCAAUGUUUGAAGACUUGA